AUGUCAAGCAUGAAGCAGCUCAUAUCUGCCAGCAAAUAAUACGACUGAAGCAACGGCGACUAGGAAGGGUACGUUAAAGAAUGACUGUCGUGAACUGUUGCAUAGGUCCCCUUCGCAGAAACAUUGUUGA